GCCUCCAAAGCGGUAGAGCGAUUCUACAAGCUUCGCCUUUUUCCUGCCCUGCGUUCUUCCUUUGUAAGCUCGGCAUACCCGCAGUGAGCCAAAGAUACAAUCAUCAACGAGAGUUGUUUUGAUUUAAAGAAAUGUUCAAGAAAUCAGUGGAGGCAAAAGCGCAGCAGCGAUUAUCGGGUGCAGAUCGUAAGAAGUUGAAGCGAACCAUCAAAGAACGCUUCCCGGCUGCUUCCGAUUCCGACCUCGACACUUUAAUCCCCCCUAAGGUAGAGAUAACAGUCUCAAAGCACCCAAACCGUGUCCUUAUUUACAGUUUAGAAGGUGGAUUGCCAAUUUUCUUUGAUGUUGAUAGCAGAGGCACAACCAUAUUUCCAACAGUGUAUGCAUUAUGGAAAGUUCCUCAUCUUCUACCCUCUUUCAUUCUGAAAGGGGGAGAGGUUUCAAGAUAUGUGAUUGGAGGGGCAGAUUUGAUGUUUCCGGGCAUCAGUAUAGAUUCAGAGGGUCUCCCUGAGUUUUUAGCCGGGCAGCCAUGGGCAGUUAAAGUUCCUGGGAAUCCAGCUCCAAUUGCAGUUGGGUCUACCUACAUGAGCAGCUCUGAGGCUUUAAAGGCUGGUCUUCGUGGAAAGGCUUUAAAGAUUAGUCAUCACUACCGAGAUGCUCUUUGGGAAUCAGCUGAAGGUCGAUAUGUGCCCAAUGCUGGGUUUCUGGAAGAUGUAGUGUUUGGGGAUCCUUCUCUUUCAACUACUGAUGCCAUAAGCGAUCAUGAAAAUAAUGCAGACAACCAAGAAUUAGAGGUGGCCAAUGCCAUCAUUGAUGGCCUGGAUGAUUCAUCUUCAAACACAAAUAUCUCCCAACAAGUAAUCACUGAUCUUGAUAAUCUAAAGGUAACAGAAAAUGUUGAAAGUGAUAAGGGCACUGCAGCAGAAGACCAAAAUACCCUUUCAGUUGAGGACGUAGAUGCACUUUUGGACAAAUGCCUUUUGCAAGCUUUUUACACUACCAUGAAGGAUAAAGAUCUUCCUAUUGCCGGAAGUACAUUAUGGGCGAAUCAUGUCUUACCUUGUAGGCCAUCGGGAAUCGUGUUGGAUAUAAAGAAAUCUUCACACAAAAAGUUAUCAAAAUGGUUACAAUCCAAGUCUACUGAAGGAUUGAUAUCAUCAAAAGAAGAUAAACACAAAAAAGAAGUCAUGGUUUUGUCCAUUAACCGAAAGCAUCCGGUUUACACUUCUUUUAAACCUGAAAAACAACAAGUGGAGAAAACCGAACAAACCGUUGAUCAUCCCAGUAAUGAAACCGAUCUCAACACAACAAUGGAGGUCAUAGAGAUUUACAAACCAAGUGUUCAUGUGAAUCCGAUUUUCACCUCCGUGGGGGCCGACACCCGCCAGCUGUACACCGCAUCUGAGGCAAGCGAAGUGGUGUUUGCCUACGUGGAAAAGGAAAACCUGGUCAAACCGACAAAUAAGUCGAUUGUUGUUUUGGAUGCGAUCUUAUGCGAUGCGUUGUUUAAGGGAGCUAUUAAGAAAGGAUCGACGUACCCUUCGGAAAUACACAAGAAGGAUUUGGCACCGACAUUUAUAAACAGAAUGCAAGCGCAUCACCAAGUGACGAGAGGAAAGGAAUCGGUUGUGAGAAAAGGUGGUUUGAAGGCGAUGCAGAUAAUGACGGAAAGAAGGCAAGGAAACAAGAAGGUGACGAAGCUCUCCGGAAUGGAAUCGUUUUUGAUUGAUGCCGACCCGUUGGCAUCGGAAUUGCAGAAGAAGUUUGCUUGUAGUACUUCCGUCACCGAAAUGCCAGGGAAGAAGGGGUAUGAGGUUCUUGUUCAAGGCGGGGUGAUUGAUGUACUUGCUAGAUAUCUCGUUGAGCAAUAUGGGAUCCCAAAGAAAUAUAUUGAGGUUCUGGAUAAAACAGCAAGGAAAUGAAGAUGUUGCUCAUAAUGUAGAUGCUAUUUUGCAUAUUAUCUAUGUUUUUGACAAUGUCUAGGAUUUUAUGAAAUUUUACAUGAAUUUUCGUAAUCGCAUGAUAUACAAGUUACCGAUGCAUUCAUUA